CAUCGUCAGCGUGUUGUAAACAAGGAAGAGAAUUAAAGCACCGAGCGAGGAGACGAUUGUUCUGUGUUGAUUAAAAGCUAGUUCAACUCAAUUCAAGCAUUAUAGUUUUUACGCGUUUACUGUAGAUUACUUCAACAAAAUAAUUAACAAAAAAAUAAGUUAUAUUGAAAACGUCUCAUAGUCAUAAACACUUUAAUACCGAAUCGUUGCCAGAAUGGUCCCUAAUCACAGACUGAUUCUUCAGCGGCACAGGCGUGAUCUAGUCACGGCAUUAAAUCCUGCUGACAUCUGCGAUGGGCUUUUGUCAAAGGGGGUCUUCACCCAGGACAUGAUCGAUGAAAUACAGAGCAAGGAAACCAAACGAGACCAAGCCAGGCAACUGGUGACAGACUUGGAGACGAGAGGGAGUCAGGCUUUCCCAGCCUUCCUGGAGUGCCUGCGUGAGACUGGCCAUCAUGAUCUCGUAGAGCUCCUUCAGAGUGGAGAUAGUGCUCAUCGGCCUCCUCCCAUCCCAGUACAGCCUUCACUGAUCCCUCUGCCUGUCCAAAAUCCAAAAUGUACUAAAAAGCCAGACAGACCUGAUCUCACUCCUCCAGUAGCAGUCGUACCAUUGAGACCAGUAAGCCUGCCUGUGGUCAAGCCUCCUAGCCCACCUUCUGAAGCACAAAGGGUGAGACAUGACAGGCUGAGACGUGACAGUAUACAGUGCUACAAAAUGGAUGCCAGUCCGUGUGGGAUCUGCCUGAUUAUAAACAAUGUCGAUUUUGAACCAGCCUCUGAACUAAAAGAUCGAAAGGGGUCCAACAUUGACUGUGACAAGAUGGAGAAUAGAUUUAAAGCUCUCAACUUUGAGGUUAUUGUGAAAAGGAACUUGAAACACAUACAUAUAAAACAUGCAAUGUCAUCUUUAGCAAAGAGAGAUCAUUCUGCGUAUGACUGCUGUGUGGUGAUCAUCCUUUCACAUGGUACUGAGGCAAACCACAAUCGUUUCCCUGGAGCAGUUCAUGGUGUUGAUGGACAAGUUGUCCCAGUUCAGUUAAUCACAAACUACCUCAAUGGCCAGAACUGUCCUUCUCUGCAGGGCAAGCCCAAGCUGUUCUUCAUCCAGGCCUGUGGCGGAGGUGAGAAGGACACAGGUUUUGAGGUUUCUCCAGAUGAGGUGGAACCCUCUUUGGGUGGGAUAGAUGACCAGAUGGACGCCAUUCCCAUGUCCUCCAGCAGUGACUCUCUCAGCACAUCUGAUGAACUUGAUGCUCGGGCCACUUUGCCCACACCCAGCGACAUCCUGGUGUCCUACUCAACCUUUCCAGGCUAUGUCUCUUGGAGGGACACGGAGGCCGGCUCCUGGUAUGUGGAGAAUCUUGAUCGUGUGCUUAAGGAGAAUGUUGCCACAGAUGAUCUAGUGACCAUGCUGAUGAUGGUAAAUGCUGCUGUCUCCCAAAUAUCUGCCAAAGGCCUGUAUAAACAAAUGCCCGGAUCUUUCAACUUCCUCCGAAAACAUCUCUACUUUCAGUCUUUGUAAUCAUGAUGGCUUGAAGAUCUGCAGUAUGUUUCUGAAUGCUGUGUUCCAUUAGAAAACUAUGUACACUAUUCCCUUGGAAUAUGAUGAACUUGUGAUGUGUCAUAAAAACAUAUUUGUUGUUUUUUUUUUUACAUCAUAAACUGAACCAUGUGAUCAGAA